CGGCCGCCGGGGGCGGGAAGGGGCGGCCCCCGCACCGCCCUAUAACUCCGCUUGUGGCCGGCUGGCCGGGGAGGUAGCGGUUCCUCACAGCCGGGAUGCAGCGAACACUGGGCAGAGCCCUGACCGCCCCUCAGCCCCAGGAGCGCCCCCCGGCCUCCGCCGGCGGCUGUAAGGCCUCCACCGAGGCGCGGGUGCUGGUCAUCAACACGGGCGGCACCAUCGGCAUGGUGCAGGACGUCAAGGGACUUGCUCCUGAGGCCAAUAAGUUAGUGAGCAGCUUGAAGACAAUGCCAAUGCUGCAUGACGAAGCAUAUGCCCAAGAAACAAAAUUUGACAACUUCCACGAAUUUCCUGAAAACACAUUGGUGCUCCCUGUCUCUAAGCAAAACAAAAGAAUUUUCUACACAAUCCUGGAGCUGUCACCACUACUUGAUUCUUCGAACAUGACGCCAGAGGAUUGGGCCAAAAUUGCAAAGAAACUUGAGGAGCACUAUGAAAAGUACGAUGGUUUUGUGAUCCUUCAUGGCACUGAUACGAUGGCAUAUACAGCUUCAGCCUUAUCCUUCAUGUGUGAGAAUCUGGGUAAAACCGUUGUUCUGACAGGAUCACAGGUGCCCAUAUAUGAGUUGCAGAAUGACGGCCGAGCCAACCUUCUGGGGGCGCUGCUCUUUGCUGGGCAAUUCGUGAUUCCUGAGGUGUGCCUGUAUUUUUAUAAUAAACUGUACAGGGGAAAUAGGGUGACUAAGGUGGAUGCUGGGAGUUUCAAUGCCUUUUCCUCACCUAACCUGCCUCCACUUGCAAAUGCUGAGGUUGAUAUUACAAUAAACUGGGAAACAGUGUGGAGAGCCAAUACCAAAAAGAAAUUUCGAGUUCACACCAAUAUGAACAGGAACGUUGGGCUUCUGCGAAUCUUCCCAGGAAUCACUGCUGCUGCUGUAAAAGCGUUUCUUCAGCCUCCAAUUGAAGGCAUUGUACUUGAAACAUAUGGAACUGGCAAUGCCCCAAAUAACAGAGAAGACUUGCUAGAGGAACUCAAGAAAGCAACUGGACGAAAAGUAGUGAUUCUAAACUGUACCCAGUGCUUACGAGGGUCUGUUACAACAGUCUAUGCAACAGGGCAGACUCUCGCUGAUGUUGGAGUAAUUCCUGGAGGUGAUAUGACACCAGAGGCUGCCUUAACUAAACUGUCAUACACACUUAGCAAGCGUAAGCUUAGCUGGGAGGAGAAGAGGCAGAUGCUGAGUGAGAAUCUAAGAGGAGAAAUGACUGUUGUACCCACAGGAGCCAAGAUCUCUCUGAGAGAUAGCAAGUUUAUUCAAGCGAUUGCCAGAUCUCUAAGUAUCAGCUGCAAGGAGGAGUUAGAAGCUGUAAGAGAUGCAUUAAUUCCACUUCUGGCUUGUGCUGCAGCGAAACUGGGUGACAUAGAUGCAAUAAGAGCCAUAGCAGAAAUGGGUGGAAACUUGAGCUGUGAAGACUACGAUGGUCGAACUCCACUUCAUAUUGCAGCCUCUGAAGGUCAUUUGCCAUUAGUUGAGUAUUUGUUGACAUCUGGUGCAACUGUUUAUGCUAGAGACAGAUAUGGAUCUACCCCACUGAUGAAUGCAAUCAAGUUCAGGCACAUACAAGUGAUCAGUUUAUUACGAGAAACGGGAGCGCACCUUUCAAAACAUGACUUGGAGAACACUGGAGCAAAGCUCUGCAGUCUUGCAGCUAAAGGUGAUGUGGAUGGGCUGAAUGCCUGGUACCUAGCUGGUGCAGAUCUGAGGCAAACUGGCUAUGAUGGCAAAAAUCCCCGACAAGUAGCAGAGGCUACAAGGCAUAAUGAGGUUCUUGAGUUCUUCAGACAGCUUCCGUAAAAGAAGGCUGCAGAAAAUGGUCACUCCUCUUCAGAAAUACCACCUUUGAACCAGAAAUGUUGUUAAGCAGUUAUGGGGAGAAAAAAAAUGGAAAGAAACAAUGCUAGUGGCAUAUGGAGCUUACAGGGCUUAGAAAUAUUAUUUUUUUAGGAACAUGUUAAGUUCUGAUUUUAUAAAAAUGAUUUUCUGCUUUAUCUUUUUAUUUUUUUAAGAAAAAUAUAAACAAUUGAGGCUGGAAUGUAUUGUCUUUACUGUUCAACUUCUGUUUUUAGACCUCUUGAAUCUUCUUCACAUCUUUGAAUCAUUGUUAAAUCACUGUGGACAGUUAAAUCUUACAUUAAAUCACUGUGGACAGUAUUGCAGGCAUAGCAAAAGGAUAUGAUGUGGUGAAUUCAUACCAAUAGAAAACAGUGCAUUGUAGGUUUCUGUGUUUCAACUAAUAAAAAUCUCUGAGGAACAA